AUGAGAGAUCCUGGAGGUGCUGCUGCUCCUGGUAGGGCUCCAGGGGGCUUCCUCACCCCUGCGAGAGUCUCUGGGAGCACCGCUGGUGCUGGGAGUUUCCGUGGUGGCGCCAUCGCCUCUAGAAUGGUCCCUGGGCGCGCCGGCGCCCCUGGAAGAGUCCCUGGAGGCGGCGCUGCCCCUGCGAGGGCCCCUGGGGGCACUGCAGCCCCUGGGGGCACCGUCGCCCUUGGGAGUGUCUAUGGGGGCGCCACCACCUCGGGGUGGGUCGCUGGGGACACCGUCGCCCCUGAGAGGGGCCCUGCUAGCGCUACCACGCCUGGAAGGGCCUCUGGGGGUGCUGCCGUCCCCGAGUGGGCCUCUGGGAAUGCCUCUGGGAAAAGCUGUAUAGAUCCAGCGUCUAACGCCAACACACAUACAGUGAAAAUAAGUAAUAAUACUUAA